AUAGCGAUUUUGUCAUCCCUAUAGUUUUUCCACAUUAUAUAAUAUAUAUAUUAUAUAGUUACAACAAAGUACAUAAUAUAAAUUGUAAUCUUACCGCGCUUUGCUAAUUAUUUUCUUUGAAAUGAAAUUGAAUUAAUACAGGAAGAAGAAGGGGUUACGAAUGAUGCACCUUUCUUGUUUGAUUAAGGGCCGUUUAGCGGAAGUAGAACCGGUUUAAGGUUCGUUUUUCUCGUGCCAAAAAAACAGCUGACAAAAAAGAGCUGUUACGAUGGCUUUUGAAUUUAUUCUUACAAACUGUGGACUGUGAUAGAUUUUGCACACGAUUUUUAGUGGAAAUUCGGUAUUUCCACAAGAAUUUAUCUUUUACUGAAUAUGAUAGGAAAGAAUGAACAAACCAAGGAAAUUUCAAAUUCUUGCCCGGAUCGAAUUAAAUUGAUCACCGAGAAAAGGCAAUAUCUGAAGGACUCAACUGCACAGGCACAGGACGAAAUAAAAGUAUGCUUCAAACGGUUGGUUGAUGUGAUAAAAGCCAGAGAGAAACAACUACUACGUCAGAUUGAUGCCAUUCACACACAACAAUUAUCCCUUGUACAAUCAAAUUUAAAACUCCAUUCUUCCAUACCAUCAUUAAUUGUGAAUCUUAGUAAAGAAAAUGACCUCGAGAAGGAAGUUUUACAAUUCGGCAAAAUCGAAUUAUCAGACAUUAAUUGCAUAAUUAAUGAUACUGAGCCAUACAAAGUUGAGGAUUAUCAAGAAGCAAAUCGAGAUCAUGUCAGUUUUGAUAAGGAAUUGCAAAAACAAAACUUUUCGAGUCCGUCCAAUUCAAAUUCCCAAAAUGAAACCAUUAAAACGAAAACUGACUCUACAAAAUCCUGGGAUUUAAAUUCAACGGAAUUGAUGAACAUUCAAUUAAUUGACGAGGACUUUGACGAUUCUUAUGUGACUAAUUCAGAAAUUAGUCUAUCGGAAUUGUUCAAUAGUAAUCUAGGCAAUGGAGAGAGUGAAAGUUAUCAAAAAGAAUUUCAUUUUUCGACAGCUGAGGAAAAUUCCGUACAAACAAGAAACAAGGAGAAUGCUUGUAAUAUUGAGAAAAAAAAGGAAUUUCACAAAAGUCACACUGACGAUUCUGAACAUCCCAAACAAGUUCAGCAGUGGCUGCAGCAAAUUUUAAUCGAAACAGAAACUGAACCUAAUGUACCUGAAAUAGAACAAUUCUCGGAAAUUCCCAAGAGCCGAGCCAUUCCUGAUUUUCCACUGGAAACAUGAAAUAAAAUCAAAUUGAAGAGGAGUUACUUUUAACUAAAUUUGCUUGUAACUUAAAUAUUACCAUUUUCGUUGUUCCUGCUUCCUUUCCGGGGCCAAAUUUUUUUGAAAUGAAAUGAGUACCGAAAAGUCUGAUUUUCCUUAAUACUAUUUAUACCGUCAAACUCAUUUUUGUUUUCUAAAGUUCUGUAUUUGAAAGCCAUAAGUACUUACUUAAAUUAUAUUUCCUUUCUUUAUUUAUGAAUUUCUAAAUAAUAUAAAAGUAAGAAUGAUUGUUUAUGAGUGAAUGCAAAUAAAUUAUUCAAAAACCA